AUGGCAGGCAAAGGGAAAUCAAGUGCAAUUAUGCGAGCAGUUCGUGAAGAGGCUGAACAUCAAGAGCGCGAGCGCGAGCGCAUGACUAUGUCUACACGACGUAGGCGAGAGGCUGAGAGAGCUGGUGAAGCCAGAUCAUCAGUUCCACAUCCCGAUGUUGGGUCUUCUCGUGCUAUGGAGGAGGAGGAAUAUGUGGCCCCCGUUCACGAGACUGAGGUUGUAGGUCGUGGAGGUCGUAGAGGUCGUGGAGGCCGAGGACGGGGCCGUGGAGGUCGACCUUAUACUCGAGUCAAUCCGGAUGUGCUAGAUGGUCCAUUUCCCGGUGGCCCGCGGGAUCCGUCUUUGAUACCGAGUUUCAAGUCGCACGUAGCGGCAUAUAUUUGGAGGGGAGAAGAACGUCCGGUUGGACGAGUGGAGUCCCGUAUCAACUCCCUGAACCAAUUCAACUACGAGAAGAUAGCAGAUGCCCUAGAAGACGUAGAUGUAUCCGUAGACAAGCAUUUUCUGCGGAUGACCGGUUUGUAUCCCCUAGCCCGAUGUUAUUUACAGGGCCUAGAUAUUCCGCUGUUGUUUGCAUUUGUGGAGCGGUGGCAGCCGGAGACGAACAACUUCCAUAUGCCGUGGGGAGAGAUGACUAUCACUCUCCACGAUGUCCAGAUGAUUCUAGGUGCCAAUGUGGAGGGACGGGUGGUCGCGCCUAGGUACGACGAUGCCACCGAGCGGACAAACUGCGUGUAUUUGCUGUCCGAGGCCUUAAACCUCGAGUUUGAGGAGAUUGACGAGUCGUGGAAGCAUGGGGGCCCCACAUGGAGGAUGUUACAGGGACAGUUGUUGAUGCCCGACACGCCCAUGAGACGCCGAGUUCAGAUAUACCUGGUGUUUCUCCUCGGAUCGAUUUUAUUCCCCGACAAGACAUGUGAUCGGGUGAAACCGUGGUAUAUACACGAGAGUAUCCCUCGUACGUUGUAUCAUGGCACGAUCCAGUACAUGUGGGUCGUAGAGCCGUAUAUGCCUGAUCGUUGCGUCCGACAGUUUGGAUGGGUUCAGGAUAUACCACGCGGCUUGAUUCCGUCGAUGGAGCCAUGUUCACGCGGUCCCAAAGGAGGUACAUCGUACAAAGUCAACUACCCAUUUCCGGGUGGGAUGUGGGACAUGGUCCAGGCUCAUUCCAUUCAUGCCCGCGCAUACAAGACGGCACGACAACGGGGGGAAGUCGACGAGCACUACAUGGAGUGGUAUACCGAUCGGACUCAUCCGAAGAUCAACAACCCCGACGUAGGCCCGGCUCCAGUGCAUCGAGAGAAUGUGAGGCCACCAGAUCAGCCGGCUUUUUACCAGGUAGUACGUGCCCUGUACCCGAUCACCAGGAGCACUGGACAGGACUGGAUGCAGCAGUUUGCCGAUCUACGUGCCGAUCUUGGAGAUAUUAUGCAGCCCGCCGCCCGAUAUCUUGGCAUCGACCGUGACAACGACGACGACGAUGACGACGACGACGAUCAUGAGGUGCAGCCGCCGAGGAGAGCGAGGCGGUAG